AUGUAUAGGAAUCCAUUCAGUAUUUUUAUUAUACUCAGUCUUAUUUCCAUUUCCCUCGCUCAGACUCCUGAUUAAUGCAAAUAAUGUGCCGCUGAUCCAUGUGGCUGCUAACUUUUUAAAUGCUCUAAAACAUUAGAGUUUCCUUCAAACACUUAAGAUCUUAGUAAAGGAUUUAGUGGGUGCUAAUAAACUGAUGGGCAAUUAGUUGAUGGUGAUAUCAUCCAACAAUUAUAGGGUAUAUGCAGUUGCCCCUAUGUUAAUAUUGAUGAGAACUGCAAACCAAUUGGAAAUAGUGGAAUCAUGCUGGGUUCUGGAUUUGAACUUACUGGAUAAAACACCGAAGAUUUAAAGAAGCUUGGUUUGAAUGAAAAACUAUUGGCAAAAUUGAGCCCAUAUUUUGCAAAGUACGAAAAUCCCGUAUAAUACUUGAUGAAUAAUCAAGUUGAAUUUAGUCAAUAAGAAAUUGAAAAUUUCUAAGUAAUAAUGAUGGGUUCUGAAAUCUCAAAUCUCUAGAAAUAUUAUGAUAAGGGUUUAUACAGUAAGAGCUAAUACGGUAAACUAAGCAAAGAAAGAACAAAGUUUUCUGAAUUGAGCAAAGGAGUGAGGACUGUGAUCUAUUCUUAAGAUAGAUAAUACGGAAAACCUGAUAAUUUCUAAAAUAUGUGGAAUUAUGCUCUCAGAGUAGAUUUUCAAAAAAUGCUAGAUUAAUUGGCUAAGGAAGGUAAAAGCAACGAUAGAAGUCUCUCAGAAUAUUAUAUUCUAAAGUUCUGUAUGGAAAAAUGCUCGGAAUCUAAAAAAGUCAACAUUUUAUUUGUAAUGGAUGGAUCAGGAAGUAUUAACAAUAACAAUCCUAAUAACUUUAAAACCUAAACUGAUUUCGUUCGGAACAUCAUUCAGAGUACAAAGUUGGGAGAUGAUUCAUAUUAAAUUGGUUUACUACUCUUCUCAGAUAUAAAUGAGCUUCUAAGUGAUUUUAGCUCAAACUAAGCUGCUCUAAUAAAUGCACUCAAUAAAAUGAAAUAUCCGGCUGGAAAUACAUAUACUAAUUAAGCAUUAAUUGAAGCAAAGAGAUUAUUCUAAUAACAAUCCAUUAGAAGACCUGACUCGCUGAAUAUAAUGUUUGUUCUUACUGAUGGAAUACCAUCUGAUACGAUUCUAGACUCAACAAUUUAAGAUCUAAAAGAUCAGGAGGUUUAAAGAUAUGCAGUUGGAAUUGGUUCAGGGAUCUAAGAAAGUACAUUAAUGUAUAUUUCAGGAGAUAACAAAUAAGAUAAGUCCAGAGUCUAUCAAGUGAAGGAUUUUGACAAGCUAUAAUCACUAAUCAACUCUUUGAAUGUUGCAGCCUGCUCUACACCUUAAGAUGUUAAAAUUACUCAACCAUCAUUUCAGACUUCACUAGAUGGCCAAGGAUCUUAAUACUUUUAAUUCCUGCAAAAAUACGUAUCCUUAACUAUUAUCGUAAAAGAUCUAGUGCAGACCACAUCACUUUUUUUAACAAAUUAUCAGCUAUCUUUAGCUUAAGAACUACAGAGUUCUAUCCUUGAAGAUGUUGAGGUUUAUUACUCAUUCACCUACGAUAUGCCCAAUUAAUAUAUAAAUGACGGUUAAGGAGAGCAAAAAGAUGGAAAGAUCUCGCUUGUAAUUAACAAUGACAAGACUAAUACAAGUAAGAUUUACAUUAUUUAAAAUAAUAUAAUUAGCUUAUGUAACUUUGAAGAAGAAAUCAUCUGGUAAGAUUAAUCUCUCUGUCAAUUAGGAGAGUUUACAAUCAGUGAAAUGCGAAGAAAAUUGCACACUUUGCAAUAAUUAACUUUAAUGCAAACUAUGCAAAGAAGGUUAUGA